UAUUUGGCGCCUUUUCCGGAAUACAAAAUUCCCGGUGGAUGCCACCGCGAUUACCACGUGAACACAACAGCAGUGUCCAAUCAGCUGGUAAAUCUUAAAACCGCCCGCCCGCCUCUUUCUAUUUACUCUUCCGUUGGUUCAAUUAGACUUUUAUGUGCGUUGUUUAUAACUAUAUGAUUGCUUUUUAUAAGACUGAUAUUAUGGGCUUAGUGUUAUGAUAAAUACAAAGUGAUCGAAUAAAUAGCUUAAUUUGAUUUGAUUUUUCUGACCUUCGAAGUUAACCCAAAACUAAUGUCGCCAUUUUGACCAUACAAAUCGAGUUUAGUAGGUAUUUUAUUUGUUUGGGCAACAACAAAUGUUUAAAUGCUGCAUUAGUGAAUUGCGUAAAUGGAUGUAUAUUUGCGAAGAAUUCGGAGAAAAUGUCUCAGACGAAUAGUACUGCUGUAAAUUUUCUCAUACAUGACGCUAAUGGCCAACCACAAAUGGUAAAAGUGGUUCAAAACACAAAUAAUCAGUCAGUUGCUCAAAUCAAAAUUAAACCUAAUCCUGUUAAAGUAAUAAAACUGCCAACUACAGCUGAAGGAAACAUUAAGGCCCCUGUAUUCAGAGCAGUAAAGUUGACUAAUAUCAAAUGCGCGUCAAAAUUGUUGCAGGUUGACAAUUUAGCAACUCUACAAAAACUAAAGGUUGAACCAAAAGACGUUGAAGAGACUCAGACAAAUCACGAGCCACUAACUGAAUUAAAAUUUAUACAAGCUGUGCCUCACACACAGCUUGUGAACAUACCAACCAAGUCUGAAAACCAAGUAACAAGUACUAGUACUGCAAACAUCUUUUCUUCUACAAUGUCAAACGCGUCAAGAAGGAGACACGAUUCCGACAAUGAUCCACCAGCGGAAUAGUAAGUAUAAACUUUGCCUAUUAUAUAUAAUU